CCCUCAGCCGCUGCAGAUGAUACAGCGUAGGGAGUAGAGGAAGAUGUACAGUAGUUCUCGAACCUGCCAGCCUUAUCGGUGGCGAGACCCUGCCCUCACUUACUUGCUGUCCCUCCAUUGUCCUAUAGUUUAGUGGACAGUAGGGUACAGUAGGCUCGUCACCGAUCCGCAAGGGUUUUUCCCAUUUCCGCAUUAGGAGGGUCAACCAAGGCAUGGCAUGGCAUGGCGCUGUGAACCACACAGUCACCAAACAACGAUGUCAUAUGUCGUUAUGACGGCAUCAUUGCUUGCAGUUUCUGUCCCGUGUUUGAGACUCGGUAGCAUGCUGAUCUUUUGCUUCUUUUUCAUCUUCUGUGGCAUGCACACUACACUCACUUCACUACGCUUCACUACACACAUACAUCAUUCGAGAGACUCCGAGAACCAACCCUUGAGUUUUGUCCCCUUCUUCGGAUAUUUAUAUUUCACUCCCAUCCGCCCACGGGAUCCAGUUCAGAAAGCAUACAAUGCGUCCUUUCACCGAUCCCACUGUCCACACUACAGCUUCUUCGAGUUAUUCGUCCCAGGGAACUAAGACUUCGAAAUAAUUGUCUACUUGCCAUUACACUUACCACGGACAUCGAUAUCAUACCUACCACUACAAUUCCACUACAACUACAACACAACACAACUCU